ACACUUCCUGGAUGAACAUAAAACUGAGCAGUUUCGAUUUGCCAGCCUUCUCAGCAGGCAUGAACAAUCAACUUAUGCCAUUUACUGGUACAGAGAUUUGGUUUGUUAUGUGAGUUUCCUGGAAAGUAAGUCCCCAGAUCUAGAGGUGCAGAUCACACAACUGGUCCACUGAGGAAGUAAACUCUCUUAAUUCCAUUUGGUAUCCCUAGCUGUGAGAGAAUAAGUCUGUAUUCUGCUUCAUUGACUGGACACAAGACAUGAGCUACAGGCUGACUGGUGGCAGAAUUUCAAAGGCUGUGUGAACAGACAUCACUGUAAGUAACCAGUUGUCAAAGAUAUCCAAACAUCCCACUUUCUUUUUUGGAUUGUUCAGCAUCUGAUCUAAGACGAAAAUGUCCGAUAGUGGAAGUGUGAAGGACAAAAUCAGAAAAGGUGUGAAAAUCGCAUUAAAGUGUAUUGCAGCUUUGUGUUCAGCAAUGUCUGCCAUAACACCAUUGUUUGGACCGGCAGGUUCCAUUCUGAAUGCAGUUGCAAAUGUUAUUCCAGGUGAUGAAGAGAGCAAACUAGGCAAAGAAUUUGAUAAGGUACAUGCAGAACUAAAGACCCUUUCUGAUAAGACCAGCGACAUUAUAAAUGCAGUUAAGAAGCAAACAAGUAUGUUUAUUUUAUCUGAAACUGAAGAUAAUCUGAAACAGCUUUUUAAAGCAUGUUCAGAGAUUGAGAAGGCAGACCCUGCUGAUGUAGAAAAGAAGAAAGCAAACUUUAUUAAACAGUAUGAAGGACGCCAAGAGCGAGAUCUUUAUGACCUCUAUGAACUAGUGACAGGGCAGACCUUGAUCUUUGCUAACCCCAUUUUAGAAGUUUACAAGAUACACACCAAGGGCAAAAAGGGAGACAUGCAAAAUUUGUGUGACCACAUCCGUUACCUCUUCAGCAUUGGCAUGAAUUGUUAUAUUUGUUAUCUAACCAUCACAGAUGAAGAAGAUGACUUUAUAGAAAGUGAGAUAGAAGAGUGGCAGGAAAGAAUGGAAACUGCUGACAAAUUCAUGGUUGAUGCUGUAAAUGCAGUUAGUUAGAUGAGAAAUGAAAUGCCCAUUAAAAAAAACUCUACAUUAUAGGUAACAAAUAUACAAUAUUUGGAGCUAUUGAGGCAGUCCUGGAACAGAUCAAGUCAGUUGUUUAAUUAUUUUAUCUAUUUUACAAAAUAUAUGUAUCACAAUAAUACGGAAUGUAUUCAUUGAUUUUGUAUAAACUGUAUGAUGGGACUUAAACACUGCAUAACUAAAGAUGUUGCUACAGUUAUAUUCUUUCAAAGUUACAGCUGAACUGUUACAGGACAAAAGUACCUUGAGUUCUGAGCUGUCAAAGCUUAUGUAAAACAGAAUGUGUAAAACAUCUAGUAAUUUGCCUUUUUUUUUUAAGCUGUUUAUGUAUUUAACCUCAGUGUGUGUUUUUAGGGUAAUGUUUACAAAAGUGCAUCAGAAUGUUGCAUUUAUUUUGCUCCCUUGCUAUGCAGGUUGUGGAAAUUAUUUUCUUCUUUACAUUUCCUUUGUUAAUGAAAUCCAUCCUCUUAGCCAUGACAAACUUGUUUAUUACUGUUCUUGCAGUGUUCUGGGGUUUGUCUGUUGGACCCACAGUGAUGCUAACAGCAUGAGGACUCUUUGAAUGGUAUUUAUGUAGUUAUCCAUAGUUGGGAGUGGGAUGAUUCUUGUUUUGGGGAUAAACAAAGUUGCCAGGAAACAGAUGCUUCCUGCUUUUGUGUAUCUUUAUAGUUUGUCAUCUCAUAAUCCCCCAGUCUGUACUGGUCUUCUGCUUUUUCCUUAUGUGGUCACCAACAACAAAUGUAUUAUACAACCAUCCCAAGAAGAGAAAAGCAGUUUGUCAUCUGUACAUGUAAUACUGUAUUCUACUACAAACCACUGAUAACCUGCUCAAAGAUGUAUUUUGAAGGCUAACAACAUGGUGUAGGGGAAAUAUUGCUUUGGCAUUCAUUUCCUUUGGAAUAGCACUGCACAAGCCUUUAAUCAAGUCAAGAUACAGUUCUUCUGCUCCUCGUGUGAUAGUGUAAUAGGUACAUUAAAACUGAAGUAUAAACAAAAUAAUAGAGAUAACACAUCAGUUCACCUUGAUUUGAGUAUUAUACAAUGACAUUUGACAGAAAAUAAACACAAACAUGGUACUAAUUUAUGCAUAGAUCUUUUUAUUUGUUUGUUAACUAUGUAACAACUUUCUUGAACCUUUUCCAAAUGUGACCUACAUCACAAAGGCAAGGGUAACAUUUGAACAGUUUAGUACAGCCAGUAAAGCAGAAUAUAGGAAGAAAUUAGAAUAUCAAAAAAGCCCCUGCAGAAACAGAGUGCAUGUAAACUCCACAUGGGCACUGGCAGAAAGUCAUGACUAAUCUAUCCACAGAGCUGUGAGGUCAUUAACAUUGUGUUAUAAGAAGUCCUUGCUCCAAAGUAUGCAUUCUUUGUUUUAAAUGAUGUAUACAAGUUUAGCGGGACUACUAGAUGGGUGACAAAACAUUGAUACGCAGCUAAUGCAUUUAACUUGCGGGAAUAAAUCAAGAGCUACCUUUUCUUUGCAUAAUAAGUGCCUAUUUUGUUGUUUCACAUUCAUAAACAUUGAAUUGAUAGAGCGGAUGAUGUACAAAAUAGAACAGACUGGGCCUGCUUUGUUGUGCAUGCCUGUUUAAAAGUGUCAUUAGUUUAUUUAUUUUUUACCUAUGUAAGAGUGCUAAGAGUCCUUAAAUGCAAAUACUUGCUUAGCAGAGCUAUCUGGAAAAACUGCACUGUUUAUAUGAUUUAUUCAUGUUUAUCAGUAUGUAAAUGAAGUAUGAACAAUAGCUAUACUUUCUUCACUGUUUUUUGUUAUGCAUGUUCAUACUUACCAGGUCUGUGUGAUAGUGCAAGGCUUAGCUCUGUUUUACAUUUACACUUGUGUGUAAUUUAUGUAGUAUUACAGUAUGCAUGUUGUGUGCAUUUUUUUGAAUCAACUCAUCUGAGUUAUGACAAAAGAAAUGAACAAGCGCUGAAAUCCCCCAAUCAAUUUAUUGCAUGCCAUGAUGCUCUGUAAAGAAGUAUUCUUUUUGUGUUAUUUUUGUACUUUAUUUAAAAUUAAAGUCAUAACAGUUAAUAAGAA